AUGUACGCAGCACCAGAGACGGCUACCUAUCCGGAUGCCUACAGCCCGAGUCCAGCAACUAGCACAAACACUCAGGUUGCUAACGGUGACAACCCUUGGUCUGGGGGAGGAGCUUACACCAACAAGACAGCCGGGGGAUGGGACACCCAGGGAUACGCGCAGACUCAACAGAAUGCAGGUGAUGAUGACGAUGAUGGUGAGUGGGAUGAAGAGUGGGAUGAUGCCAGAUCAACAGGGGUUUAUGGAGAAACUACAGGGGAGGAGGAAGGAGAGGCGACAGGCCGCAACACACACACACACAUGAAGAUAUCCCUCAACAAGUUUGCGUUCUCUAAGAUCCCCAACCCAGAGGUGUACCUCCUGGCUAAACUACCACCCAAAGGCAAAGACAGACUGGCCAUCUAUAUGGGAGAUGUGGGGCCAGUCUGGCUGUAUCCCCAGUCUCCUCUUGACUGUGUCGUGGCUGAUCCUAAAAAGGGCUCUAAGAUGUAUGGGCUGAAGAGUUACAUAGAAUAUCAGGUCACACCCAACACGACCAACAGACCUGUCAAUCACAGGUUCAUUUGA